AUGGCAUCGUUGCAUGCCCUGACGCGUUCAACCGGACGAGCUUAUCAGGGUUCGGGUCGGAUUAUGGUCCGUGCACCUAGGCUGAAGAUGUCAAGUGUGAAGCACUGUCUCGACCGAUCAUUACAACUUCCCGACCCCCACACCAACGACCUCAGCCCAUACCCAUCCACAUCAAGUAUGGCUGCAACCCAUCAACCGUCUGGCGGACUGCUGCUCUACAAAAGCCAGACCAUCCGAUCAACCGGCUUUUACUCGCCCAUAACGCCUGAGUGUGCCUUGGAACUGGUGAUCGGAUUGAGAUAUGCAGAGAUACUGAGGUCAAGCUCAGUGCAAAAGGAGGACGAUGAAGGUUGCAUGGGAGGCAGACAGACCUGUUCGUCGUCAUCAGAUUGCUGUCUGGAGGUUCGCAAUUUUCGAGGCUCAAGUCUCUCGGCGAAAGACAGUCGUGUGGCCAGAACGGCUGAAUACGUUACCGAUGCUGUCGCAUGCUCGAUAUUCUUGCUACUUGAGACUGAGGCACUGGUUCCUCAAAUGCUUGAGGCCUUUUCCGGGCGGACAGGCGGGCAGGGUGGGUGCACCUUUAGUCCUGUGACCCCGGAGCACUCGCCUCAGAUGACAGUCACAAAGGUUGAGGUUUGA